ACUCAGUUAAAGGGUUCCAGUUCUGAAGCCACUCCAUGGCUGCUCCAUAUGUAUCUGCUAUCGCAGUACUCUACAGGUGAAACGCAAUGUUUGACCUAGCGGCAAUCUCAACCGCAACUUGUGCCUGCCAUCCAUGUCUUCAAUCCAUUUGUGUACAUCCCGCCCCAUUCUUGCCCGACCUACCUACCUAGUUGCGCUUGUCUCCAUGUAAAAGCUUCUCUACUCGCUUGAACAUCAUCUCUUCCUUGUUUUGAUUGUCAAGAUGUCAGAGGACGGUGAUUCUUCUUUCUCCGGAGAUGACGAACCAGAGUAUGAAGUGGAAAGAAUCCUGGCUCAACGGACCAAGCACGGGAAGACUUAUUAUCUCGUCAAAUGGGCGGGAUAUCCGGAUGAAGAAUGCUCGUGGGAACCUCGCGAACAUUUUAUGGAUCAUGCCACCCUGGUGGAAUGGCAAAGUCAAUACGCGGAGGGCGACUACCUCAGUGAGACUGAAAUCGCCGCGUUGGAGGUAAAGAUGAAGCAAUGGUCCGACCGCCAGCGGGCACAAGACGAAGAUAUACUACCGGAAUCUCCAGAACUCAGUCUGCCAUCUGAUAGCGGCAGCCCUGAGAGUUUGCCCGAGUCGCCGUCUUACAGUCCCCGUACACCGGAGAUACAAUCAUCAAGAGCACCUCCCCCUCCGCCAAAAGCUCAAAGCACAUCCGAAAAGCGGCGGAACUCACCGGUUGGCUCGGGAGAGCCGCCUGCGAAGCAUCCUAAGGUGCAAGAGCCGACGCGAUCAGAUGUCCAAAACAAAACCCAUAUGUCGAACGCUAGUAACUCCUUGUCCCGCAUACCAAGUUUUGGCCCUAAGAAAGGGGUCGCAACCAAAUUACCUAUUCAGUCCACUUCAACGUUAACACAUGCUGCCAAAAGUCUACAAGAUCGGACUGGAGAAAGAUAUAAGAAUCUCAGGCAUAUGAAUAAUGCUAUGAAAUUUGCGCGUCGAGAACGCACUCCAGACAUAAGGAAACUUGAUCUGAGAGCGCCAGGCGACUUCGCCGUACCGAAAAGUAUUCAAGAGGUUCAGGAACAAGACGCCUCAUCUAGACAUCGCGAAGAGUCUCCUUUAUUUGUGCCAGAGACAAUCCCCGCAUCCACGCCCGAAGUUAGUACAGAGACCCACUUUCUUGCUGCCCGGUCAGCAAGCCCAGCAGAUGUACCUCAGGCAGGAGAGCAAAGCAAAGCCUUGCCACCCACGUCGGAGUCCAGUCCAAAAAGCCCUCCUCGCGGUAGACAAAAAGGAUCUGCUCACUCUGGGCAAGGUAUAUCUAGACCAUCAAGUCCGGUUCGUCAGCCAGUCAGGAGAGGAUUGGUACACUCGACGCAGGCUUCCCGUCCACGAAGCCGGACGCGGGAGCCGCCAAAGGAGAGACAUGUGAUUGCCACGAGGCCGCAGGCAGCCAACUCCAGUCUGGCGGCUAUAGCACGGCGAGAUGAUCUCACCUCCUCCGGCAAACUUGCUGAGCUAUCAGAAGGCAAUAUCGGAGCAAGUCGCGUCCCAAUCCCUUCAUCGGCUUCUAGCCGACAGAGUCCUACCCGUGAGUCGCUUAAGGAAACAUCUGUAACUUCCAGAAGCGUCACACAACCAUCAAACUCGAAUUUAGCAAGCAUAGUAAGACGAGAUACCUCUUCUUCUUUGCGACGCUUUUCAGAAGUCACGGACAGCGAUUUUCGGCCUCGACAUCACCCGAAUCCCCCACCUCCCGGACAGUUGGGGCAGUUGCUUACAGCCAAGAAUGGGCGAAGUUGGUACUGGGGAGAAAUAGUUGUCCUUCUCCGGUAUGGCGAACACCAGGUUGGCCACGUCAAGAUUCUCGGUCUCCCCGGUUGGCUUAUCGCAAGACUCAUAUCGACCAAACAAGGGAGCCCUGAACUGACAAUCCAUUUCGAAGAGCGAAAUGUUAUGGACAAGAUUCAGUUCCCUGCAUUCGCUUCACAACUCGCAGGUGAGAUUGGUCUUGGGACUAUUCAACCCUAUCAAGAUACAGCUUCGGCUGCUGCGAGUCUAGCAGCACACCUAGAGUCAAAUGAUAUUGCUGCUGUGUGGGAGUUUCCCCAACCGACUACACCUGGGUUUGUGAUGAUCUUAUACUCAUCCUACGCACCCUCAUGGCGCCACUUUGGCAUCAAACGAAAUCCGGAAUCAGAAGAACGACUUCACUUGGUAGCUCGGAAUAUGCGUCUGGGACAGCGGGUUUCUCAGUAUGAGGCUUCUUCGCCGCACAUUGGGUUGGAAAGUUCCUUCUCAGGGCCCCGUCAAGGCACGCUAACGCCCGGUGCAUCGGAAAGUGCGACUCUUACAUCGCGGCAGACCACCUUGAUAUCCGGCGCUCCGGAAGCUGAAAAAUCUGUAUCACUACAACAGAUUUUGCCGCCUAUUGCUACGGAUGCUGCCCCUUUAGCAGCAGGACAAAUGGGCUUAUUCGUCGACAGCCCCUCCGAGACACCAAAGGUUAUAACCAAGUCGCCGUUUGCCUCGAUACAGUCACCGAGGUCCCCAAAUGCCUCACGACUAAUUAGUAGCCCGCUGUCACCUCGCGACGUUGAUGAUGAGGGGUUUCUGCAAGAAGGUGCACCAGCGGCAUUGACCUUUUCAGCAUCCUUCAAAGACAUGAUGAAUUUUGGUGACCGCGAGAGAAAGAGGCCAGUAUUCUACAUUGCUUUCGGACAGUCGCAUCCUUUAGAGGCAGCCGCCGUCCAAAAUUGGCUUCUCAUGCACAACGUCAGUAAGCGGGCCAUUUGGUCGGACGAAGAGAAAGACGCCUGGUCGGAGUGGCGGAGUGAAAUCGGGCUCAAGCAAGGAAUACUGUUAUUCCGGAGGGGAGCCUCAAGGUAUUAUGACAUGAAGUCUCUGGCCUUGUGUCUCUACCAGGGCAUCAUAUGUUUCGAUGUCUCCUUUCCGGAGGACGAAGGUUGGACCGGCCACGCAAUCACCAGAGUCUUUACCAGGGGCACCGGUCUGUUCAUUACGGAGAAUACGUUGAUCGACUAUCCUGAUGAAGUGCUGCGUGCGAUAAAGUGGUUCCAGCAGCAAUCCAGAGGCAAAGCCAAGACGUACAAGCUAGGUCUUGUGCCGGAUGUUAGCGAGUGGCUGCACAAGCGAGUCCUCGAGUGUGACGAGGCCGUUCGAGACAAGUACAUUGGAAUCCUCGAGAUCGUCUCCCAGCUCGAGUCACAAGGAUGGAUCGACUGGAAUUCCGCGACGAAAGGCGACCGUGCUCGGUGGCUUGUGGACGAUGGGCCUGGUGAAGACUACCUGUUCAUCCUGCCGGUACCCUCUGAUCUGCCGGGCUAUGAAGGUCUGACUUCAGCGUCGCGCAUGGAACCCAGUCGUGUCGAGGCGCGUGAUAAGAUUCUAGUCCAGUAUUUUGUCGGAUGGGCAGCGUUGCACGUUGAGACUUACAAAAAUUUUUACCUCCUGGAUGAGGAGCAGACAUGUGACACGAUAAAGCAUUCAUGCCAUGUGUAUUUCAGGAAGCCGGCGAAGUUUGUGGAGAUGAUCGAGCGGCUUGAGCGGCACGCGGCAAAGAAGGGGUGAUUGCAAGAAGGCACCGUUAGGCCUCUGCUACAAUCGAGCGUCGAUGUGUCAGGAACCGUAAAGAGCCAGAAAGAGCGCCCGAAGACGGGUUCUUCGACGGCCUCACGGCGGCCCUCGUCAUUAUUCGCUCAGCAAAUGCCGUCCAGCGAGCGUCACAUCAAGCGAUGUAGUUGAGGGCUUACAAAAGAUGCGGCACUCGCCUGUGAUACCUUUCUACGGACAUGCAGAUGGGUUUUGGGGAUCUCGGAUCAUGAACGUAUUUGAAGCGGGUUUGUACAACAUCAAGCGUCGGAGUACACAUAGUAUGGGGAGGAAGGAUGGCUUUCAGUUUCGCAGGCUUGAUCCAUUGUCAUUACGCACUUCUGAGAGCAGGUUACUUGUCAUUUUCGGCUGCCAAAUCGUGGCCAAGGGUGUGAAGUCAUUGGGAGAAGACUCGCUUCUUCUUUCACGAAAACCGGAUUGACAUUGAUGAGACUGUUCGUCUCCAGUUCCAAGUACCCUCUCGCGUCACGUAUGGCUUUCUUAGACGUG